AUUCUGCUAAAUACCAGCUUCCUCUCAAUCCCCGCGUGAAUAAUUGAACUAUAUCAACCGUUCACAUUCUCUCUCGGCUUCUUCUCCCUACCACACACAUUUACAGAGGUAGUAGUAGUACCUUUCAAUAGAGAAGGAGGAGGAGAUAACCGAGGAAUCAAGAUCCAAAAAAACCCAAAAAAAUGGGGUCUCUUCCACCACCAUAUCUGGACUUCUUUCAUCACUCGGCAAAGCAAGAUUCAAUUGACCCAGAUCAACUUCUUAAACUCUUCAAAGCCCAGCAGAAUUAUCUCAAUCAUUUCUUUCAAAAUCUUGAUCUUUCCCAAACUCUUAGUUUUACCCAAACUCUCCUUAAUGCCAAAGGUACCAUUUACUUUACUGGUGUUGGGAAAUCUGGGUUUGUUUCCCAGAAAAUCUCACAGACCCUUGUUUCUCUCGGUAUCAAAUCUGGGUUUUUAUCCCCUGUUGAUGCCCUUCAUGGAGACAUUGGCAUUUUGGAUCCACAAGAUGUUUUGGUUAUGUUUAGCAAGAGUGGGAAUACGGAAGAAUUGUUAAAGCUUGUGCCUUGUGCAAAGGCGAAACGGGUCUUUUUGAUUUCGGUUACUUCGGUAAAGCCUAAUUCUUUGAUGGGUGUGUGUGAUCUGAAUGUGCAUUUGCCUUUAGAGAGAGAAUUAUGCCCUUUUGAUUUGGCACCUGUGACGUCUACUGCAAUUCAGAUGGUGUUUGGAGAUACCGUGGCGAUUGCUUUGAUGGGGGCGAGGAAUUUGAGCCGGGAGGAGUAUGCUGCCAAUCACCCUGCUGGGAGGAUCGGGAAAAGUUUGAUCUUCAAGGUUAGAGAUGUGAUGAAGAAGAAAGAAGAUCUUCCAAUUUGCAAGGAAGGAGAUCUUAUUAUGGAUCAACUUGUAGAGCUGACAAGCAAAGGAUGCGGGUGCCUUCUUGUUAUUGAUGAGGAGUUUCAUCUGCUCGGCACAUUCACCGAUGGUGAUUUACGUCGGACAUUGAAAGCCAGCGGAGAAGGAAUCUUCAAGCUUACAGUUGGAGAAAUGUGUAACAGGAAACCAAGGACAAUUGGUUCAGAUGCUAUGGCAGCUGAUGCAAUGCAGAAGAUGGAAUCUCCACCAUCUCCAGUCCAGUUCUUGCCAGUUAUUGAUCAAGAUAAUGUGUUGAUUGGUAUUGUUACCUUACAUGGACUGGUCUCAGCAGGCUUGUGAAGUUCUUGUCAUUAUCAUUAAUUCUUUUUGUAUAUUGUUGGGUUUCUUACCCUAUUUUCUUCAGCUGAUGUUAUUUUAUUCCUAUAGCAAUGAUGAAUAUUAGUAGUAAAAUAUUAUAGUCAUUUUAUUGGACUUAUAGAUUGGGCUAGAGCUCUGUACCCUUCAUCAUUUGUGCCCUGUUACAAUGUACAACGAGGGAGAAUGUGAUAAUGAUGAUCCUCUAUUCAUUAUA